AUGGCCUUUGUAAGGCCAUCAUGCGCUGCUCUACGGCCAACCACUUCCUCAAUCGUUAACCGGUGGAAUCUUAUACCACGUUCAUUCUCGCGCCAAAUAUGCGUGCAGCGGACGCCUACCUCUCCGUGCAGUCGACCUAGCAUACUGUCUUCGUUGAAAUUCGAAGGCCCUAGCCAGUCUUGUCGCUCGAUAUCCUCCAGCCUUCGAUGUUCCGCCAAGGUUAAUUCAAAUGAAACGCCUCUUACAUCGAAACCCACCGCUCCCAAAACCCGCGCAAUCCGCAUAGGACCUCUACCAGGCGGCAAUGCAGACAGGAGAAGAAUAACCGCGAUUUUUGGCCCCAAUAUCUCGGUAGAGGAAGGAAACCAUGUGUUGCGGAUAAUACAUCACCGUCGGACCUCCGGAAGUCUGGCAGACUAUGGCGUCGAUAAUCUCGGGCGUCGGUACGAUUCAGUCACUCACAGCAUGGCUGUUAAGGCACUGGCUUGGUUACGGAAACAAUAUCCUAUAGACGAGGCACGGGCGGCAGAAGAAUGGGCAGAGAAGGAGGCGAAUCGCAUAUCGUAUGAGAUGUGGCUCGCGGAUCCCGAGAACGCAGAUUCGAAAUACAACGACCCUGCCCGUAUAUGGCGCGAUCAGCAGAGGCAGCUUGAGGAGCAACAUGAUCAAGCGGAGAAGAGGAUGGGAAUCCUUCGAGUUGGGCCUUCUGAAUUCGAGCGGAACGUCAAACGAAAGCGAGAGGAACGGUUAGAGGCCAUGGCGAAAAAAGCAGAAGAGCAGGAUCAAAAGGAGGCCGAGGAAGAGAAGAUGCUUGCGACUGGCGAGUGGGUGCGUACGCCUCGCGGUACUGCUUUGAUGAAGCCCGGUCAGUCGACCUACGUGGACGUUUUCGGAAGAGAACAGGUCAGUCGCAGGAAGGAGAUGGCGGAGUACUAUCAGAAGAAGGCAGAGACUCCGUUCAAGUCUGUCGAAGACAUGUUGUCCAAAACCACAUUGCUGCAACGAUUGGCCCCAAUGACGGCAUUUGUGUUCGCCCUCUGUGUCUUGAGUUACGGUUUUGCCCACUACUAUGACCCACCCGCCGCUGAGUACCGCCUGAUUCCAGAAGUCAGCUUGACCACUGCCACUAUCGUUGGACUCAUUGCCACCAAUGUCUUCGUCUGCGCCAUGUGGAGGAUCAACCCUCUUUGGCCUUUCAUGACCCGCUACUUCAUGCAUGUUCCCGGCUACCCUCGUGCCGCCCAAGCCAUCUUGAAUGUUUUCAGCCAUGUUCAGUACGAACAUCUUCUGGCAAAUAUGAUGUUCCUUGGCCUCGUCGGCUUUGCCUGCCAUGACCUCGUCGACCGAGGCAUAUUCAUGGGAACAUAUCUCUCCGCGGGCGCUGUCGGCACGCUUGCUUCCCUCUACUGGGCCAACCUUGGCCGUGGCAACAUCACCGCGCACUCUGUCGGUGCAUCUGCAGCUAUAUGGGGUAUCAGCGCCCUGUACUGUCUGCUAACCGACCAAGAAAAGAUCAAGAUCCCGUACACUAGCAACGCAGAGGUCAGCUUCUGGCCAAAGACUCUGUUUGCCGCAUUCGUUGCAAUGGAACUGUACAAUGCCAUGAAGAAGGGGGGAACCACCAUGGAUCAUGCCAGCCAUUUCGGUGGCAUGCUGGUCGGAGCAACUGUCGCGGGCUACCUAAAUGCCACAGGUUUCCACGAGCGAAAGAGUAUGGUGACUCCUGCUUGGAAAGAUGACAAGACUGUGGACGUUGCGGCUAUAGUCACUGGAGAGGCCAAGGAUCCCCAGGAGGAUGACAGCAAAAAGUCGUAG